AUGUCACAUAGCAAGAGAAACACCACCCGCCCUGUCUUUACCUCGUACGAAAGAGAACAGGCCAAAUCGAACUGGACCGCAAGCUCCGCCCAGCUCAAUCGAGAUUCAUUCCUGCCCUUUGGCUACUGCAGCCUCUGCCUCGAAAACGCCCGAGAGCCGGUCUCGUGUCCGCGAGGAGAUAUCUUUUGUCGCGAAUGCGCUCUGGCGAAUCUCUUGGCGCAGAAGAAGGAGCUGAAACGGGGAGAAAAGGCACGUCAAAAUGCCGAGAAGGAAGCUGCCAGGAUACAGGCCAUUGGCGAUGAGGAAGAGCGGGAGCGAGCGAUUCGCGACUUUGAGAUGACCCAGGCCGGGUUGCUGAAUAGUGCCAGCAGGAAAAGUCCCAAUACUACAACUACAGCUACGGCUACAGCUACGGCUGCAGCCACAACAACAGCUGCAAUCGAAGAUGGAAACGAAGGCGCUGUUGUUCGCGCUGGGUCCAAGAGGAAAUUUGCCCUUGAUGCGGAUGAGCUUGGCCGGAUAGCAGAAAACGACAAGGCCAGGGCACGAAGAGCUAUUGAAGAUGAAAAGGCGGCUAAACCGACGCUUCCUUCAUUCUGGACACCCUCACUCACGCCAGACGUGCGAAACAGCGACCUCGCCCCAGUCGCAAAGAAAGCCAAAACGACGCCCACGUGCCCGGCCUCGUCAGAGCACAACCCCCAUUCUCUAUCCUUACAAAAGCUAUUGACGAUACAAUUCAACGAAACAGCAGACGACUCCACAAAGGAGACUCUCCGAACCUGUCCUUCAUGUUUAAAGACCCUCUCCAAUGCUUUAAGCCCCGUCAUGGCCGAGAAAUGCGGCCACGUCUUGUGCUUGAACUGUGUCAAGAAGUUUCUCCUUCCCUCGGAGAAGCAGCAGUCCAAGGCGGAGGCCGAGUCUCCCAUUGCCUGCUUUGUUUGUAGCACACCCGUCGCCGUCUCGACCAAGCCCGUCAAGACUGCGAGCUCAAAGGACGCUCUGCCGACGGGCUUGGUCAAGUUGAAGUCGGAAGGAACAGGCUUUUCUGCUCGUGGAUCACGAACCGUGGAAAAAUCAAGUGUUGCGUUUCAAUGCUAA